AUGAAAAAACUAUUGCGACAGGAAAUGUAUAGUUUCAGAACAAGAUCAGUAAAAAUGGGAAAAGCUAAGAAUUACAAUCAAGUCUUAAAAACUGGAGGAAAAAGCAAACCCAAAGGAAGUGGAAGGAAAGGAUUAAAAGAAAUGGGGAAGGGGGAAUGGGGAAGAUGCGAUAAGACAGACUUUCUAACAAAAAAAAGGAAAAGUUUCAAUAGCAAGAGAAAUAACCAUAAACCAGGAAAUUUUUCAAAAUUAUAUCACUAUGUAAUUUUAUAUGAUAAAUUAGAAAAUGAUAACUCUUCUUAG